GAUAGUGAUAAAGAAACAAUCUCUGAAAAUUAUGAAAGUAGUAAUGAUGAAGAAGAAAUUAAUACCAAUGACAAAAUUAUUGAUAUUGAUGAAGAAAAUGAAGAAUUAAUUGAUCUACCUUUAUCUCCUUUACAAGAAAAAUUAACAAAGGAACUAGUUCUAUUCAAUCCCAUUUAA